AUGCAUCCAGUGCGUUGGUUCCUUGCACUUCUCCUGACAGCUGGCACCCUGGAGCUCUGUAGCGGCGGACCUCUCCAUGCCCAGUGCAAAGUAGAAUGGUACUUUGGGAUACCGUGCCAAGAGGUUUAUGAAUCCCUGGUGUCACAGAUCAACAAGUGGAGAACGAUGGCCGGCUGCACCAUGGGAGGACAGAGAUGCCUAUAUACGCUGCAGUCUGCCUCCGUCCACUUUAUAGCAGCCAAACACACCACUCCCUUUAAGAAGUAUGUGGACGACAUCAACUUCAGGCUGGCCUCCUAUCACUUCUUCACUUGCUGUCACGUUUCGGCCAUGUCCGUCUCGGAGACCUGGUAUGCCAUUAAAGACCAUGGCACCAACUACUGCAACCUCUACAACCUUAUAGAAGGAAGUGGUCUAACAGAAGCUGAAGGUUAUAGAGAGGUCACCAGUGACUUCCUGUGUACCCAACGCUCCUCUGCUAACUGCACUGUCUACUGA